AUGUCGUUGCACAUUUAUAUUGCUCACUCCGAGCUCGCUACCCCAGUUGCUGAUACCAUCUCCACACUUCGCAGUCCGGAAGCCUUGAAGACAUGGAUCGUUCGCAGCACUGCCAUUCCACCUCCACGGCAAAUAUUGAUGACUGCCCGGGGCAAGAAUGUCAAGGUGCAAACGCUGGCCACCGAGAACGAGAUCUUCGUCUACGACCGACAGUACGUGAGCGAUCCAGCCGACUCCCAGCUGCCGGACCUUCCUCCGCCGGAAUCCUUUCAGCCCAAAAGCCCUCCUGCAACUCUGACAGACCAAAAUGACCUUCACGCAUGGCGACAACUAUACAUGGCUCGGAGAAGCUGGGCAUUAGAUCUGUCGAACCGUUGCGGGUCCAUCGAUAAGAAUACGCGCGAGCACAAUGAGCGGACCGAGGUCAUAAACCGCGCGGUGGGUGUGGCCCUGGAGAAUCUCAAGUCGCAUGUGGGCAAUCUGGAACACCGGUUUCAAGAGGCGCAGGCGUGGGCGAAUAAUCUGCUGGAAGAACAACAAGCAGCUCUCGACGGUUGGCAGCGGGCUCUGACCACCCUCGAGAGCAUCCCUGCUCGGGAAGACUUUCCUGUUCUCGGUCGUCCCUCCACGCCGAAGAAGGACAAGGACCGGCCCACGGGGACCUUGCGUGAUUUCGUAGAUGUGGCCGAUGUCCACAGAGCUGGAUCGGAGGCUGCAACCGUGUCCUCGCGUUUUGCGGGACAGGUUCGUGAUAUCGAGAAAGCAGUCAGCGACAUUGCCGCGGACACACAGCGGCUAGUUGACGAAGCCUCUCCAUAUUCUACUGAUGGGGUAGAUGGCCUUCUUGAGGAGGUGGAGACCAUCACCAAGAAGAUCAGCUCGGACUACGAACACGUUCUCGGCCUUCCAAACAACCAGAAAGCCCUGGCGAAUGUAUCCAGGCUGGCCCUCAGCCAUACGCAAGAUCUAUUACCAUCUUUAAUGGAGAUCGGCACGGAGCUUCAAGCUGCUCUGGAGCAAGCUGUGCAGCGUCGCCGCGAUGCACAAAAAGCCGCCCUGAAACAUAUGCGCGUCAUCUCCUCUAUAGAGUCUUGCCUCGCCGAUGCACACACACAACUAGUCAACUUGGACGUGGAAAGCACUGCCUUUGACACAAUCUACGCUGUCUUUCAUAUGCCCAUGGUAUAUGGGUCCAUUUUGAUCGAAUCUGUACGACGUCGAGAAUGGAGUGAUAAAAUCAAGACCGAUUCACUUACCUUGGCGGAAGAAAUGGCCGUUUUACGAGACGAAGAGCAGCGUCGAAGGAAGAAAUGGCUGAAAAGUAUGGGUGAUUUCAUUGCUUUUGCCGAUUCCUCCACGCCAGGAAUCGAGGUGAACCUCCAAGGUCAGGAUGAGGAAUGGCCCGAGGUAACCCGGAAAGAGAUCGAGACUUAUAUCGAAGACCUGAAGACCAAACACUCUAUGAGCAACCUGGGAGAGGACCUUUCGCAGCAGUACAAGGAUCUAGAUGCGCCUACUCGCCAGCAAAGACGACGGGCGAAGGCGUUUAAAGAAGGGAGUGUCUUUGACUUGAGCCGAAGCUCCAUGUUACUCCGCGGGGACGAUAUGGUCCGGAGCUUACAGGAAGAGAAGACAAAACUAGAGGAGAGACUGAGGGGCUCUGAAAGUCGAAUCCGGAAGUUGGAAGACCUCCUUCAUCGCCAGAGCCAUCUGAGCCGUCCGUCGAGCGGUAACUUUGGUCCAGAGUUCCCCAGCUCGCCUGCCUCGCCACACCCGGAUGCACUUUCAAGACGAUCGUCUGUCUCGUCAAGGCGCGUUUCAGCUACUCAGUCCCCCGAAGACAAAGCACUUAUCCAGCGUAUCGUAAGCCUGGAGGCUGAGCUGGCUGGGGAGAAAGACACCGUGCAAAGACUUCACAAAGAAGCCCAUGCCGAACGCCAGUCCAACUCCGACAAGUUCCAAGAGGCCCAGUCUACCAAAGAGGAUCUUAUCGGCAACCUUGAAGCCCGACAGCGCGAGUUCGAAGAUGAGCGGAGAUACUUGGAGGCGGAGCUGAAGAAGUUCAAGCUGCGCACAGAGGAGAUGGAAGAGGAGUUGGAUCGGCUGAUGGACAGUCGAGAGCAUGAAAAGCACGAGGCCGACGAGCGGAUACACCAACUUGAGACCAGUCUGCAGACUGCGCACACCACCAGCGCUGACGAGGCACAAAAGGCCAACGAGCUGAACGAGCAGAUUCGGGUUCAGCGAGAAAGAGCCGACACCCUUCAGGCGAAGAUUGACGAGCUUGAACGCCAGGGAGCCGAGUUGGCACAAAGGGACCAGGAACAUUACCAUGCGCUACAAGCCGCAUUCAUGAACCUGUCACCGGGAGGCUCCAUGCCGCCGGAGGUACCCAGCAUCAUCAAAGCCAUCGAGGUCCUUUCCGAAGGCUUGUCUAUCCACGCGAGGAGUGCAGAAGACAAUGCGUCCAAAGCGGCGGCUGAAAAUAAGACUCUCGAAAAAAGAAUCGAUCAAUUGGAAUCCGAGGCAGAACAGCAAGAGAAGGGCUCAGCCGAUCGCGAGGAGGAAUUGUCUCGGCUCACCGAACAGCUUUCAUCUGCGAGGUCUAAGCUGGGUGCCGUGGAGGCAGAGGUGGACAGGGAACGCUCGAAAUUCAAAUCCCUGCAAAGUCAAAUGGCGGCUGGCGAGAGCGGCUCAGAUGCGCUUCGGGAACGACUUGCCGAGGAAGAACAAAGACAGGCGGACUUGUCACAAAAGCUGGCUGAUAUUGAAUCCCAAGCUCAGAAAUCGAAAGAUGAGAUAGAGGAAUGGAAGCAGAAAGCUGGCUUUGCAUCCGAAAGAGAGCAGCAGGCUGCCGCUCGGACUGAGGCCCGCGGACUCAGGUCCCAAGAGCUUUCAACGCAGCUUUUCUCGCAGAUUGAGAAAUUGGGACGAAUGUUGGAGCAGCUGGGAUUCGCCGUGAUUCAGCAGGAUGGUAGUCUCACCGUCCAACGAGCUUCCAAAGUCAAUGCGUCUUCUUCAGGUCUUGGUGACAGUCUGACCCAGUCCGGCAUCGUCUCAGUGAAACCCGAUGCAGCACUUCUGGACUGGACACAUGCCGAAAGCCCGGAAGAUGAGGAGACCAGAUUCAAAGCUUUCAUGGAGUGCCUGUCUCAAUUUGAUGUUUCUGUCUUUGGCGAUGUCGUCGUCAAACGCGUCAAAGACAUCGAGGUGCUCGCCCGCAAAUGGCAAAAAGAAGCUCGAGCUUACCGAGACAAAUACCACCGGGUCCAAAGUGAAGCCCACGACAAAAUUGCCUAUCGAACCUUCAAAGAAGGGGACCUUGCACUCUUCCUCCCUACGCGGAACCAAUCUAUCCGCUCCUGGGCUGCUUUCAAUGUCGGUGCACCGCACAAUUUCCUCCGCGAGCUAGACAGCCACAAGCUCCAAAACCGCGACUGGUUGCUCGCGCGCAUCACCAAGAUCGAGGAGCGCGUCGUGGAUCUCUCCAGGUCAUUGAACGGUGUUGCGCCUGACCGCCGCUCUCUCGGGGGUGCCAGCGACGGUGCCUCAUUGGACGAUGAGAAUCCGUUCGAAUUGUCCGAUGGUCUGCGCUGGUACCUGCUUGAUGCCAUUGAAGAGAAGCCCGGCGCCCCCGCUACUCCGGGUCUAGCCAAGAGCACCGUUGCAUCUGCACACGUCGAUGCCAAGGGCAGCAUUCGCCUGAACCGGCCCACCAAUGAAGGAACUGUCGCUAAAACACUCACCAAAAAUCUGGAUAGCCGGCGUAAUAGUUCGAAUUCCAAACGGGGACCUCCGACGCCUUCACAGCAGCCUGCCGAUUCUGGAGCUGACCUCGUUCGAUCUACCGACGCAGACGCCACCUCCGCGCCUCGAGAGGCCGCUCCGAUCUUCGAUGAGGUUCGCCGUGAUCUACUUCAGGGCCCGUGA